GUACCACGGUCCUGUCGACAUUUUCCUGCAUAUCCCGCAUGCAAAAUCAAGAUGGCGGACGAAUCUAGCGAGGAAUUCUACUGUCGUUAUUAUGUUGGGCACAAGGGUAAAUUCGGGCACGAAUUCUUAGAAUUCGAAAUUAGACCAGAUGGUUUGUUACGUUAUGCCAACAAUUCUAAUUAUAAAAAUGACGUCAUGAUUCGAAAAGAGGUAUUUUGUGGUAAAAGCGUUGUGGAGGAAAUAAAACGUAUCAUCGACGACAGCGAGCUGUUGAAAGAAGACGAUGCAUUGUGGCCACCACCAGAUCGAGUUGGACGGCAGGAAUUAGAAAUCGUUAUGGGAGAUGAGCACAUCUCAUUCACGACAGCUAAGAUUGGUUCACUCAUUGAUGUAAAUAAUUGCAAAGAUCCAGAGGGUUUAAAGUGCUUCUAUUAUCUCGUGCAAGAUUUGAAGUGCUUGGUCUUUUCAUUAAUCGGCCUUCACUUCAAGAUUAAACCUAUCUAACGAAGACUGAUGUUGGUUUUUGAACACACUUAUUUAUGCUUUAACCCAUGAACGAACAUUCGGAUAGAACAACUUUUUUUUUCUCAUAUUUGAGUGUUUUUAUGAAAGAUUUUUUAUUUGAAAAUAAACCGCCUCAAUGCGAAACUAAUGUUCUCUUUGCUGCUUUUGCCUGUUCCAAAUUUUAUUUCAGAAUUCACAUUUUUAAAUUUAUAAUUAUUUGGAAAUCAAAGUUUGUGGUGAAAGUUUACCAAAUUUGUGCAAAAUUUGAAGUUAAAAAAGAAGACGGUGAUGGAAAUGGUCGAACUUGUACUUAAGAUGAAUAAGUAUCCUGACGAUGAGUGUCCCAACAAAACAAGGCAUUCUGCGGUGUUCACGCUCCUCCUUAAUGGCUGUACCGCUGAACUGCUGUCAUUUUCCCCAUUUUUCUCUGCCACACGAUUUGUAAACAUUUUAACGUUUUUUUGAUUUAAUUUUUGUAUUAAAGAGAAGAACCUUCCAAUUAUUUUUCUAUCAGUUCAUAUGGGAGAAAGAUGCGCAGAAAAUAUUUUACGCCCGGUUGUACCUUUAUUGAAAUAAAUUUAUUUUCGGGAUCUCGCUUUAUUAAAUCGAAAAAGUUCCAUAAGUUAGUAUCAUCCCGGCAAACCCCGCCGACUUCUAUUUUAGUGCUAUUUCGAUUGCAAAAACCACAUGUUUUAAAGCUCGUCCCAGAGGUUAUUGCUUUUUUGAAAUUGAACCCGUCAAGUAAUCGUCAGCGGCCUCGAAACCAGGCAACAAAUCCUCGGGACGAGAAUGCAUAUGUUUUCAGUACAUUAAUAACUAAGAAUUUAUCAACAAACAACCUCGUUCCCAGGGCAAUUUUACGCUUUUUUGAUAUCCGAGACGGCUCGAAGAAAUGAUCAUUUCUUCUCGCUUCCAAGAUCGUCAAAAAGAGAAAAAUGGGCCUGGGGACGAGGCUGAUCAACAAAUUCAUUUCAUAAACUUUUUGAUGAAAAUAAUAAUUUGUGCAUUAGGGUUUAAAAAAAAUCAUUUAAAAUUACACACUUCAUGCAGUUACAUUUUCAGCUAUAGGGCACUGAGUCCAGCCUAGCAAACCUAGAAAAUAGGCUACGUACUCUUGUUAGACCCCUUAUGCACAAGAUUCACAAAACACAACAUAUCAUUUGAUAUCAAGGCUUAAUGCCCGAUUUGCCUUUUAAUCUUUUAUAUUUUAAAAAAAAAGGUCAAACCAAAAUUCUUUUGCUAGGAAAAUUAAUUUUCGCAAGAACUAAUUUUCGCUAAGUUUGCAACUCCUAACAUAUCGCGAGAAUUAAAUUUAAAGAGUUUGAAGGCAUUUUUCUCCUUAAAAUGUAUUUUAUUUUUCAAGGGCUUUUAUAAAUGGCGACCUCGUUCCCAAAGCUUUUUAGGUUUUUGACAUUGAGGAGACAUACAAAAAAGGUAAAAAGGCCUGGGGAUAAGAUUGUAUGUCGGGAGACAUAAAGUACAGACAGUUAAAUUUGAAAUUCGCAUAAAAGCUUUAUUUAUGGAAAAAAAUAUCCAAAUUUCGUGGGAGUUAAUCCUCGCGAAGUUUGCAAAUAGUAAGUUUCCCAUCCCGCGAAAAUAAUUAUUCCCUUUAAUAUUUACAAAUCUGAUAAUAAAUAGAACAGACAAGCAAAACAAACAAACAAUCAGAACCAAACAAAAACUCAAAAUUCGAAAAAGAGGUUUUCAAUUUUAUCCAAAAAAUUCAUUAGUUAAUCACCCUCAUUCCCAGGACUUUAUACUGCAUUUUUUUGUUAUCAGGGACAACAUUGUUUAUGUACACUAUCCUUUAUAUCUAUUAAGUUUCUUUUACAUCCUUUUGUUUACAUUUUUAAUAAAACAAGAUAAGAAAGAAAACCAUACGUUUCCUUAAUUUUCCAGAAGUUAAGUUUAUUAAAUUUACUAAAAGAAAAAAGUUUGAAGUUUUGAAUUCAAUAAAGUUUUGGAUCAGGAAAAUGGUAAUGUACUCUAUCAUGUUCCAUUGUGUACAUAGCAAAAUUCUUUGCAUGCUGGUGUGGUGUGCUUCCGUACCGCUUUUGUUGUUUUGAAAGUAAAUUGCUUGUCACUUGCGGUCUUUUCAUUUGAUGUUAAUGUUUGAUCGUUGGAUACAAAAUGUCGAUCGAAAAUAAAGAAGAAGAAAUAGUUGCAGAACUUGAGGAACAGUUUAAGGACAGAUAUACUGAGGAUGAUAAAGAUUAUAAGGCUGAGUUGGAUAAAAAAGAAGCCUCUCCACCAGUAGUAACCAGUUUCGGAGGAGGUUCAGACCGCCAUUCUCGUGACCAUGAUAGACGUAAAAGAUCUCGAUCACGUAGUCGCUCUAGAAGUAGAUCCAGAUCACCUACUACAUUAAAACGCAAGGGGAUGUAUGGGUGUUAUUCAUAUUUUGUGUUUUACUAUUGAAACAUAUUUACAACAUUUUUAGAAUGAUAUUAACCUUAUUGUAUGUUUUUAACAUGUUAGAACAAGACACCAUGUAAUGCAA